UCUUCCGAUCCAUAGCCUGUCUCAUUUUCGAACAACUUCCGUCAAGAUGAAGUCGACUUUGCUGUUUUCAGCUGUGGUCCUUACUGCAUUUGCCGUUGCUAACGGGGAUAUUACAUUUUCGUCAACUCCAUACGAAGCAAAUGUCGAUGAAAAUUUAUCGAUAGGUUCAGUUCUCAUCGCCGUAUCCGCGACGUCUUCACUUGGAGCUGAGGUAACUUACAGCAUUGUGGCCAAGGAUGAUUCUCCAGCAACAGGUGUUUCUAUCAAUGCCGUUAGUGGGGAGAUAACUCUAUCUGAAUUCCUAGACUACGAAUCUGUUACACAGAUGCAGUUCACAAUUAAAGCGAGCGCUUUGGGUACGGCAAGUAAACUCGCCGAUAUCAACACUGAGCCGUUCACCCUAAAUAUUCUUGAUGUGAAUGAUAACACGCCUGUAUUUGCCGCACUGAGCUAUUCAGCGACAGUUGAACAAUAUGGAACAUACCUUCCAAAUCCGAUAUCUGUUUUUGCCACGGACGCAGACUCGACGACAAAUGCUCAAAUUACCUACGCUUUCGUGAGUGGUAAUACCGGAAACGCUUUCCAAAUUAAUGCCAAUACCGGCGAGAUAACCCAAGCUGCUGUGAUCAACAUGGGGGAAACCACAUCCUUCACUCUCGUGGUCUCCGCAACUGACGCGGGCGGUCCUGCGUUGUCUACCACCGUCCUCGUCAAUGUUGCAGUCGACACUACUGAAUAUUCCUGCCCCAAAUGGAUGGAAAGAUUCGGAUCCAAGUGCUACAAGCUUGUCAGAGGGUUGAAGACCUAUGACCGGGCACAGGCCACCUGCGAGAAAUACGGAACCAAGUCCGGAUUAGGCAAUGGCAACCUUGCUACCGUCUACGAUCAGUUCAGGCAGAAUUUUAUCGCUAAUGAGCUUAUGAACGUCAGGCACCGUGUCUGGAUUGGAUUGGACGAUAAAGAUACUGAGGGCACAAUGGUCUGGAUUGAUGGCACACCAUACUCAUACAGCAACUGGUCAGUCGUGAACGGCGUACAGCAACCAGCUGGCGGCAGUGAUAAAAACUGCGUCGCCAUUGAAGCGCGAGCUCGUUUGGGCGGAUGGAACGACGUCAAAUGCAGCAUAAAGUCCUGGUCAGUUUGUCAGUUCCCCGCUAGUGCAGUUGCUACACCACUCUAACCAGCAGAAAAAUUACCCCAAUAAAUUCAAGGGAGCAUAAUAUGCAGAUGACACUGACUGAUGCAUAUACACGUCAACUAUAAUAUACAAAAUAAAGUGUUUAUGAAUUCUUGUUAAUAUUUUAGAGUCAACUGGAGGUAUGCAUGCAGGCAUAUUACAUAGAAUGAUAGAAUAUUAACUUCUUCAUUGUUUAACUCCUGCUAUUAAUAACUAUGUAUAGCUUCUAAUACUAAUAGAAUCUGAUAUCUCAAUUCCAAAUAUGUUUUCUACUCCGUUAAUAUCUUAUGUGAUCAAGAAGUAAAGAAUAA